AUGCUCUCCACACUAUUUCUGUUGCUGUAUGCUACCCGGGAAACGGUUCAUGCACUCGCCGCGGAGAUCAGUCCAACUGUGUCAUAUUUGCUGGAUAGAGGUUGUGCAAAUGACACUGAAGUCAUUGAUCAUCUCCUUUUGGAUCGUGCCCUCUAUUACAACAAACACAAACUUCCAUCUCCACAAGUAGACGUGAGAAUCGAGAUGUGGGUACAAGAAGUGUCAUCCGUCUCCGAGUUAACACAGGAUUUUGAAAUAGAUUUGUACAUGAACGAAUACUGGACAGACCCCGGUUUAGCCUACGACAUUCUCAAUCCCUGCCAGGGCAAUUUAUCAUUCGAUUGGGCUGUCAUGCAGAAUAUUUGGACGCCCAAUACAUGCUUCAUCAAUUCUAAAAAAGCACAAUUGCAUAGUUCGCCAUUCACCAAUGUUUUUCUUAUGGUCUUUCCAAAUGGUUCUGUAUGGUCCAAUUGGAGAAUAAAGAGCACUGGUCCCUGUGUGAUGGAUCUCACUAAAUUUCCAAUGGACAGUAUUGAAUGUUCUUUGACUUUCGAAUCAUUCAACUACAACAAGGAUGAGGUAUUCAUGCGAUGGGGCGACCCUCCAUUAACUAUCUUCAAACCGAUUGAGUUGCCCGAUUUCACAAUGACCAAUUUCAGUACUUCCAAUAAAUUCCAAUUAUACGCAGCUGGAUAUUGGAGUGAGCUGAAUGUUAACUUUCUAUUCAAACGGAGAUCCGGAUGGUAUCUCCUCCAAGGUUACAUUCCCACGUAUAUGACAGUAUUCAUCUCCUGGAUUCCAUUCUAUUUGGGUCCAAAAGCUAUUCCUGCUCGAACAAUGAUUGGUGUCAAUGCCUUACUGGCUCUCACCUUCCAGUUUGGUAAUAUAAUCCGAAAUCUACCAAGAGUGUCGUAUAUCAAAGCUAUCGACGUCUGGAUGUUGAGUGGCAUAUGCUUCGUUUUCGCGUCUCUGUUUGAACUUGCCACAGUUGGCUUUCUGAUGCGAGAUGAAGGAAAACCACCGGCAAAGUCAACGAGGAUAGCUAAAAACUCCGUUCGUUGGCAACAGCAAAGCAUCUGCAAGGAUGACAUUCAAAGAAAAUCCAAAAACUACUUAUAUUGUGAGCGUCUGGAUAACACUUCUCGAUUAAUGUUUCCAGUGGUGUUCACAUUAUACAACUUCAUUUAUUGGUUCGUAUACAUGAAAUCAGCCUGGGAUCAAUAA